GUCAAACUUUGUUGUAGAACAUAAUGCCGUUUGGUUUGAAGGAAACCGUAUUAUUCACGGAGAGGGACAGUUGCGGAAAUAAUUAAAGAUGUCUUUAUCCCAGAUUCAGAGUCUGAGACUGGCAGCUGUGCUGGAGGACUGUUCAGACCAGUUGGACAUAGUGGGACUUACUGUGGCAGUGCAGAUAGACAAGGAGCGAGGCUCUGCAGCGGCACAGGAGAAAGCCAGACUGACCAAGCUGAGGAGAGACUGUCAGUACGUCUCUCAGCAGGUGUUGAAGCUGCAUUUGGAGCUGAAGGAGAAGCAGAGAAUCAGUUCUUUGCUGCAGGUGGUGGAGGAAGUGGAGCAGAAGAAGAAGGCUGAGGACAUGAGAAGAGAGGCAAAGAAAGAGCUGGAGCAAAGAAUGCAAUCUAUACUGAGACAGAAAGAUGAGUUCCAACAAAAAACUGAGACACUGAAGGACAUGACCCAGCAGGCCAGAGACAUGAAGUAUCAGCUGAAUGAGACGUCAUCAAGGUUUGCAGACAAGAAGAAGCUUGAGGAGAAAAGCAUGGUGCUGCAGCUUCAGCAGGUGCAAAGGGAGACCAGCCAGACUGAGAGGCAGCAGGAGGACCAGCGGGAGCUGCUGCAGAUACAGCUUAUGGAGGAGAGAAGAGUUCACGAAAAGUCAGAGAAAUUCCUGCAAAAUCGUCACAAGGAGUUGCAGCAGCAGCUGAAGCAGUGGCAGCAGCUCACAAAGCAGAUGCUGCAGGAGAAGGAGCAGAAGCUCAACAGCGUGUGCUGCAAAAGAACGGUGAAUAUGGACAGGCUGUUGGAGAUGAGGAGGAAGUUCAGGGAGAUGGAGCAGGUGGUGAUGGAGGACAGGGAGGAGCAGGAGAAGCUGCGACUACAGCAGGCGGAGGCCAGAGCUGCUACCAAGCUGCAGGCAUGGUGGAGAGGCUGCAUGGUCCGCCGGGGCCUCGGCAGUUUUAAAAAAGCAGAAGAUGACAAGAAAGGCAAGAAGAAGAAGAAGGAAGGAAAGAAGAAGAAGAAGAAGAAAUGAG